AUGACACUCGAUGUUUGCGCAUCGAUAUUAUCUAGCUCAGCGUCACCAUCGUCGUCAUUUGAAGCGGAUAAUCUCUGGCACUUCACACGAAUGCGAAGUGGCAAAGCAGAGCCGGAGAAUGAGUCUCCAGUGAAUUCACCCCACAUUCACGCAUUCGGCUCACCAGCUCAAGAUGAAUGCGAUGAAUUAGCAAUACCAUUUGGUUUAAAUGAGCCAACUGUAUGUUAUGGCUGUGGCUAUCCAAUCAAGGAGAAGUAUAUGAAGAAGGUGGAUGAUAAAUGCUGGCAUGAGGACUGUCUUGUGUGCUCUAAUUGCCGUAUUCUCUUAAACGGUUCAAAUUGCUACUCUCGCAAUGGGCAUCUGUACUGUAAGCAGGAUUACAACCAGUAA